AGCCACCUGAAGACACAGACACAGCAUCCGUCCAAGCCAAGUGUUCAGUUGGAAGAUAUUUGCACAGUAUGGUUGCGUACACUACUGCACCAAGUGACUUGGAGAUGGGUCUUGAGGAGAGGACGGUGGUGGUGGUGGAAAAGAAGUCGUCUACAGAUUGGAUAUGGAAGGUGACGGGGGCCCUUCUUGUUGUGGCCCUUUGUUUCGGAGGCGUCCUGGUGUUUGCUUGGUACUGGACUGGAAAGCCUGAACUGCUGACACAAUCAGGCCAAACAGAAGCACUAAUCGAGAAGACGACUGCAGAGAAAACAGAUCCUCACUACACGCUGAAACGCAUCAGCAGCAAAGCCAAGGCAGCCAUUCAUUUGGAAGGUAGUUACGAUGACACCCAGCCGACGGCCCAGCUGGAGUGGAAGAACGGUCAAGGCCAGGCGUUCGCUCAGGGCGGCUUCCGACUGGUGAACAACCAGAUCAUCAUCCCACAAACAGGCCUCUACUUCGUCUACAGCCAGGCGUCGUUCAGAGUCUCCUGCAACGACGGCGACGAGGAGGGGGCGGGAAAACGCCUCACACCUCUCAGCCACAGGAUCUGGCGCUACUCAGACUCCAUAGGUAGCAGAGCAUCUCUGAUGAGCGCCGUGAGGUCGGCGUGCCAGAACACAGCUCAGGAGGACAACUAUGGAGUGGGACAGGGUUGGUACAACGCCAUUUAUCUGGGUGCAGUGUUUCAGCUGAAUAGAGGAGACAAACUGUGGACGGAAACGAACCAGCCGACAGAGCUGGAGACAGACGAGGGCAAAACUUUCUUUGGUGUGUUUGCACUUUAAAAUGACUUUUUGCUGUGAUACUAACAGAGAAGAUACAAAGCUCUGCACGGUGUCAUAAAUCUGGGUCUUUUUCUAUUUUUAGACUAGGUAUGUUUUUGUUUUUAAUUAUUCAUCUUCAUGGUGAUGUAGAUAUAUUUAAAUCUCAAUGGAGAUGAAGCUUAUGGCCGAACAGGCAGUGCUGAUUUCUUAAAAUCCUAUAAACUGUAACAGUUUGCAACAUUAAUUCUAUUUUUAGGCACUUUUUGUACAUUAUUUAUGCUGACCUGAGAUUGUAGUAGGAUAGACUUUCUCUGCUGUAUCAGAUGACGACACAGCUCUUCACUGAAGAGUUUAGGCUCAAGGGUUAGGAUGUUGUACAGAACUAUUACUAGUACUAUUACAGCCUGUAUGUAUUUAUUUGUAUUUAUUUGUAUUUAAAUUGUUGGGAUUAGGUGUUAAAAUAUUAUAUUUAUAUAUUUUAUGUGCACAUAAACUUAAUUAAAAUGCAAAAAAAAC